CGCUCCGCCCCCCACCCCCACCCGCACCACCACCCACCAAAGCGUCGCCGGCCGCCGCGCGCGAAUCCCCAGGCCGGGAUCGAUCCCCCGCCCGCCUGCUCGCUCGCCGGACCCUUCUCUUCGCGCCUCCCUCUCUCUCAGCCUCUUCAGUCUUCAGGCAGGUCCAAUUCGCCCCGCGGCGUAGGAAUCCCGUCCUGGAUUCGAUCGACCGAGGCGCUGCAAUGCCGGCAUCCGCAUAGCUGGGAAAUCGGGCGCUGACGGACACCGGGCGCCGAGAUGGGCCGUUCCGGCCGCCGGCGGCGGGACCGCAUGCGGUGGAGCAAUCUCUACACCUUCUCCUGCUUCCGCGCCCAGCAGCACGGGCACGCCGCCGGCGACGCGGGCCCUUCCUCCGACGGGGCUGGCGCCGUCGGCGGGCCGGGCUUCUCGCGCGUCGUCUACUGCAACAACGCCGCCCUGCAGAAGCCGCUCAAGUACGUCACCAACUACAUCACCACCACCAAGUACAACAUCAUCACCUUCUUCCCCAAGGCCAUCUUCGAGCAGUUCCGGCGCGUCGCCAACCUCUACUUCCUCCUCACCGCCAUCCUCUCGCUCACCCCGGUGUGCCCCUUCUCGGCCGUCAGCAUGAUUGCUCCCCUGGCCUUUGUCGUCGGCCUCAGCAUGAUGAAGGAGGGGCUGGAGGACUGGCGCCGCUUCAUCCAGGACAUGAAGGUGAACAACCGCAAGGUCAGCGUGCACAAGGGUGAUGGCGAGUUCGACUACAGGCACUGGGAGGACCUAUGCGUCGGCGAUGUCGUCAGGGUUGAGAAGGACGAGUUCUUCCCUGCUGAUUUAAUGCUACUGUCCUCAAGCUAUGAGGAUGGCAUUUGCUAUGUUGAGACAAUGAACCUCGAUGGCGAGACCAACCUUAAGGUGAAGAGGUCACUUGAGGUUACGCUGCCGCUGGAAGAAGACGAGUCAUUUAAGGAUUUCCAGGCAGUGAUACGCUGCGAGGAUCCCAACCCGAGCUUGUACACGUUCACUGGUAACUUUGAGUAUGAGAGGCAGGUGUACGCCCUUGAUCCGUUUCAGAUACUUCUGAGGGACUCAAAACUAAGGAAUACAGCCUUUAUCUAUGGAGUGGUUAUCUUUACUGGCCAUGACAGUAAGGUCAUGCAGAACUCAACUGAGUCGCCAUCCAAGAGGAGCAGGAUUGAGAAGAAGAUGGAUUUAAUCAUAUACAUCCUGUUUACUGUGCUUGUGUUGAUAUCGAUCAUUAGUUCAGUGGGAUUCGCUGUGAGGAUCAAGUUCGAUUUGCCCAACUGGUGGUACUUGCAGCCACAGAAAAGCAAUAAAUUAGAUGAUCCAUCACGCCCAGCUCUUUCUGGGAUAUUCCAUCUCAUCACGGCCCUCAUUCUUUACGGGUAUCUGAUUCCAAUCUCGCUGUAUGUCUCGAUUGAACUUGUGAAGGUAUUGCAAGCACAUUUCAUUAACCAGGACAUCCAUAUGUUUGAUGAGGAGACUGGCAAUACUGCUCAGGCACGUACAUCAAACUUGAAUGAGGAACUUGGCCAGGUUCAUACAAUCUUGUCGGAUAAAACUGGUACUCUGACCUGCAAUCAGAUGGAUUUCCUGAAGUGUUCAAUUGCUGGAGUAUCAUAUGGCGUGGGUUCAAGUGAAGUUGAACUUGCUGCUGCAAAGCAGAUGGCCUCAGGUGCUGAUGAUCAUGAUAUCCCUUUACAAGAUAUAUGGGAGGAGAACAAUGAGGAUGAAAUCGAGUUGGUAGAAGGAGUCACCUUUAGUGUUGGGAACAACCGAAAGCCCUCCAUAAAAGGCUUCAGUUUUGUGGAUGACCGCCUCAUGGAAGGGAACUGGAACAAGGAGCCAAAUUCUUCCACAAUUCUACUCUUCUUCAGGAUACUUGCUCUGUGUCACACAGCAAUACCGGAGAUAAAUGAAGCAACUGGCUCUAUUGCCUAUGAAGCAGAAUCACCUGAUGAGGGGGCUUUUCUUGUGGCAGCCAGGGAAUUUGGAUUCGAAUUUUUCAAGCGAACACAAUCAAGUGUCUUUGUCAGGGAGAAACACACUUCUUCGAAAGGCACAAUUGAGAGGGAGUUCAAGAUUCUCAAUCUGUUGGAGUUCAAUAGCAAAAGAAAACGAAUGACUGUAAUUCUGCAGGAUGAAGAUGGUCAAAUUCUUCUUUUUUGCAAAGGUGCAGACAGCAUCAUAUUUGAUAGACUAGCAAAAAAUGGAAGGAUGUAUGAAGUUGAUACAACUAGGCAUCUGAAUGAUUAUGGUGAGGCAGGCUUGCGAACAUUGGCACUAUCGUACAGGGUGCUUGAUGAAUCAGAAUAUUCUUCUUGGAAUGCUGAGUUUCUUAAAGCAAAGACCUCUAUUGGGCCUGAUAGAGAGUUGCAACUUGAACGUGUCUCUGAGUUGAUUGAAAGAGAGCUGAUCCUUGUUGGUGCAACUGCUGUAGAGGACAAAUUACAAAAAGGGGUUCCUCAGUGCAUAGAUCGUUUGGCGCAAGCAGGUCUCAAAAUCUGGGUUCUGACAGGUGAUAAAAUGGAAACUGCAAUUAACAUUGGAUAUGCAUGCAGUUUACUGAGGCAAGGCAUGAAACAAAUAUGUUUGUCCAUACCCACUGGUGAUCAGGUAGCCCAGGAUGCAAAGAAGGUUGCAAAGGAGAGUCUCCUGUCGCAAAUCGCCAAUGGGUCACAAAUGGUCAAACUCGAGAAGGAUCCAGAUGCAGCAUUUGCUCUAGUUAUUGAUGGAAAAGCUCUGGCAUUUGCUUUGGAGGAUGACAUGAAGCAUAUGUUCUUGAACCUGGCAAUCGAGUGUGCUUCUGUCAUAUGUUGCCGUGUGUCCCCAAAGCAGAAAGCACUGGUGACUCGGCUCGUCAAAGAAGGUAUAGGACAAACCACUUUAGCAGUAGGUGAUGGUGCAAAUGAUGUGGGCAUGAUUCAAGAAGCUGAUAUUGGAGUUGGUAUAAGUGGGGUAGAAGGCAUGCAGGCAGUGAUGGCUAGUGAUUUCUCCAUUUCUCAAUUUCGGUUUCUUGAGCGACUUCUUGUCGUCCAUGGGCAUUGGUGCUACAAGAGAAUCGCCCAAAUGAUUUGCUACUUCUUUUACAAGAAUAUUGCCUUUGGGCUUACAAUAUUUUACUUUGAAGCAUUCGCUGGGUUUUCUGGGCAAUCUGUAUACGAUGAUUGGUUUAUGCUGCUUUUCAAUGUUGUUCUUACCUCGCUUCCUGUUAUAUCGCUCGGAGUAUUUGAGCAAGAUGUUUCAUCCGAAAUCUGCUUACAGUUCCCAGCAUUAUACCAGCAAGGGCCAAAGAAUCUUUUCUUUGAUUGGUACCGGAUCCUUGGAUGGAUGGGGAAUGGCCUCUACUCCUCUCUGGCCAUAUUCUUCCUCAAUCUCUGCAUAUUCUAUGAUCAGGCAAUCCGUGCUGGGGGGCAGACUGCAGACAUGGCUGCAGUGGGAACUGCCAUGUUCACCUGCAUCAUCUGGGCUGUCAACAUGCAGAUUGCCCUUACAAUGAGCCAUUUCACAUGGAUUCAACAUCUCUUUGUAUGGGGCAGCAUAACAACUUGGUAUAUCUUCAUCCUCGCCUACGGGAUGACAUUGAGAUCCCGCGACAACUACCAGAUCCUGUUGGAAGUCCUUGGGCCAGCUCCCAUAUACUGGGCAGCGACGCUUCUGGUGACUGCUGCUUGCAACAUCCCCUACCUGAUACACAUAUCCUACCAGAGGUCGUGCAAACCACUUGAUCACCAUGUGAUUCAAGAGAUCAAGUACCUAAAGAAAGAUGUCGAAGACCAGACAAUGUGGAAGAGGGAGCGGUCGAAGGCCAGGCAGAAGACAAAGAUUGGUUUCACUGCAAGGGUUGAUGCAAAGAUCAAGCAGAUCAAGGGGAAAUUGCAUAAGAAAGGCCCAUCUUUAACAAUCCAUACAGUAUCUUAGGAAUCUCGGUCACCCGACAAGCUCGUCAACAGUAGUUGCCACUUUGUUUGCACCUGCAAAGGCAGUGGUUUUAGCUUCUCUGAGCAAUAUAGCAAAAUUCUUUUCUUUUUUCCUAUUUCUUUAUUUUUUUCCCUGGGAUUUUUUUCUUUCUCCAUUUGUGUAAGAAAUGUUGGGGUGUAAUUGGUGGUGUUAACCCUAGUAGAAGUUCCAAAGCCACCCGUGUAAAGAGUAUAGCUCCUUUCAGUUGGGAAAACAACCUAUUGAGAUAGCUGACAACAUAUGUAUAUCUGCAAUUUUGAUUGUUGCCUAUUGAUGUAUUGUAAUCGAUUGACGUCGAUGUUUGC